CCGGGAUGGAUCCACGGCCACCAGCAGCGCGCCAGCGUUACGCACUCAUGGCUGCGCACGUAGCGCGGAGGUUCUCGGCGCUCCUCUGGAUAACCGCCGCGGUCUCCGGCUCCAGGACCAGGACUUACCCGGGAAAUGAAGUGACCCUGCUGGACACCAGGACCGUACCAGGAGAGCUGAAAUGGGCAGCGAGUCCCUCAGAAGGAGGGUGGGAGGAGGUGAGCAUCAUGGACGAGAAGAACGUGCCCAUCAGGACCUACCAGGUGUGUAACGUCCUGGAGCCCAGUCAGAACAACUGGCUGAGGACGGACUGGAUCCCCAGAUCCGGGGCGCAGCGCGUCUACGUGGAGGUCAAGUUCACGCUGAGAGACUGCAACAGCCUGCCCGGGGUGACUGGCACCUGCAAGGAGACGUUCAAUCUGUAUUACCACGAGUCCAACGAGGACGGGGAGAAGUCGAUCAAAGAGAGCAGCUUCAUUAAGGUGGACACGGUGGCGGCCGACGAGAGCUUCACGCAGGUGGACGUGGGCGACCGCAUCAUGAAACUGAACACGGAGGUGCGCGACGUGAAGGUGACCAACAGGAAGGGCUUCUACUUGGCCUUCCAGGACGUGGGCGCUUGCAUCGCCUUGGUGUCCGUUCGGGUCUUCUACAAAACCUGCCCGCUGACCGUCCGUAACCUGGCCACCUUCCCGGACACGGUGACGGGGGCCGACACCUCGUCCCUGGUGGAGGUCAGGGGGUCCUGCGUGGACCAAUCGGAGGAGAGGGAGGAGCCUAAGAUGUACUGCGGCGCCGACGGAGAGUGGCUGGUUCCCAUCGGGGGAUGCUCUUGUCAGCCGGGAUACGAAGUCAAGACCAGCGCGUGUAAAGCGUGUGCGGCAGGUUUCUACAAGUCCAGGUCGCCUGAGGCCGGAUGCUCCAAGUGUCCUCCACACAGCUACUCGCUCCGGGAAGGCUCCGCCGUCUGCGACUGCCACUCCGGCUUCUUCCGGGCUGCCGGUGACCCUCCCUUCAUGGCCUGUUCCCAGCCUCCAUCAGCUCCACAGCAGCUGAUUUCGGUGGUGAACGAGACCUCGGUGGUUCUGGAGUGGGGUCCGCCUCGCCGACUGGGAGGCCGGAGCGACAUCAGCUACAACCUGGAGUGCCUGGUCUGUCAAAGCGCCAACCACGCUCAGACGGGCGCCAAAGGCCUCCCCCGGAACCACAGCGCCACCCAGCCUGACGCUCAGCACCUAGGCCGAGGCAUGCAGUCGGACCAGGGGAUCGUGGGACCGGAAGUCCAGUCCGGCAGAGGCGUCUAUCAGAGAGAGUCCACCAGGCGAGUUCCGGGCUCCCAGCUGUGCCAACCAUGCAGCUCUGACGUGCUGUUCUCUCCGGGCCGGACCGGCUUGAGGGGUACUCGGGUGGUGGUGAGCGAGCUGAGGGCCCACACCCACUACACCUUCCUGGUGCAAGCACGCAACGGGGUCUCCCAGGCUGCCGCUGAAGGGGCCGGCCAGAGUGUUUCUGUCUCUGUGACCACCAAUCAAGCAGCUCCGUCUCCGGUGUCGGCCGUCCAAGUCACCGACGUCACCAGGCACACUCUGUCGUUGUCAUGGCAACAGCCCGACCAACCCAACGGGGUCAUCCUGGAAUAUGAGGUCAAGUUCUACGAGAAGCAGGACCAGAAGGAGCGGUCCUACCGCAUCAUGAGGACCGCCUCUCGCGGCGUGGACGUGGCGGGCCUCAACCCGCUGACCGUGUACGUGUUUCACGUGCGCGCCCGCACCGCCGCCGGCUACGGAGAGUUCAGCGACCCUUUUGAAUUUUCCACCAAUUCAGAUCCUUUCCCUCUGAUUGGAGAAGGAGUCAACUCUGCCUUCCUGCUGCUGUCCGUCAGCGGCCUCGGAAUUCUGCUGCUCGUGUCUGCAGCCGUCUUCAUCAUUACCCGCAGGAGGAGCAAGUACAGUAAAACCAAGCAAGACUCCGAGGAAGAGAAGCAUCUUAAUCCAGGAGUGAAGAUCUACGUGGAUCCUUUCACCUACGAGGAUCCUGACCAGGCCAUCCAUGAGUUUGCCAAGGAGAUUGACGUCAGCUGCAUCCACAUCGAGAGAGUCAUCGGCAUGGGAGAGUUCGGGGAGGUGUGCAGCGGGCGGUUACGCGUGCAAGGAAGGCGAGAGGUGUACGUGGCCAUCAAAAGUCUGAAGGCGGGGUUCUCGGACAAGCAGAGGCGGGACUUCCUGUCUGAGGCCUCCAUCAUGGGGCAGUUUGACCACCCCAACAUCAUCAGACUGGAGGGUGUGGUCACCAGAUGUAAACCACUCAUGAUAAUCACAGAAUACAUGGAAAACGGAUCUUUGGACGCGUUUCUCCGGAAACACGACGGGCAGUUCACCGUCAUCCAGCUGGUGGGCAUGCUGCGCGGCAUCGCCUCGGGCAUGAAGUACCUGUCGGACAUGAGCUACGUCCACAGAGACCUGGCCGCGCGCAACAUCCUGGUCAACAGCAACCUGGUGUGCAAGGUGUCGGACUUUGGCCUCAGCCGGGUUCUGGAGGACGACCCCGAGGCUGCGUACACCACCAGGGAGGCCAUUGGGACCUACCUUUCUCCAGGAGGAAAGAUUCCUAUCAGGUGGACGGCUCCAGAGGCCAUCGCCUACAGGAAGUUCACCACCGCCAGCGACGUGUGGAGCUACGGCAUCGUCAUGUGGGAGGUCAUCUCCUACGGCGAGAGGCCCUACUGGGACAUGAACAACCAGGAUGUGAUAAAAGCCAUAGAGGAGGGCUACCGCCUGCCCGCGCCCAUGGACUGUCCCGUGGUCCUGCACCAGCUCAUGUUGGACUGCUGGGAGCGAGAUCGCGCAGAGAGACCCACUUUCAGCCAGAUCCUCAACAUGCUGGACAAACUCAUCCGCAACCCGGGGACUCUGCGCAGGACCGGAGGGGAAAGACCCACCGUGUUGGCGUCUGGGGUGUGUCCGGAGGUGUGUGUGUCGGUGCUACCAGAGAUGUGUGUGUCCGAGUGGUCGCUGUGUGACUGGCUGCAGUCCAUGGGUCUGGAGAGGUACACCGAGAUCCUGGGGGCCGCAGGGUACUCCAGUCUGGACAGCCUGCUGGCACUCACACACCAGGAAAUGGACAGACUGGGCAUCCUGACACCGUCCCACCAAGACGUCCUGGUCGCCAGUGUGCAGCAGGAAAUGUUGUCCCAGAUGCAGCACACCAUGGUUCCCGUCUGAGUGGCAGGAUGGAUAAUACAAAACUAUUCCAUUUACCUCAUCCGUGCACUUUAAGGAGACUUUCCAGCCGUGGACCAGGACCAGUCAUGAAGAAUGUGAGCAGCACUUUUUUUUUUGUCCACUUCCAUCCUGUGGAGUUUUUCUAAGAACC